AUGGCGCAAAAUCCCCAAAACCCUACCAAGCCCAAAUGGGGCGUAGGGUCUCUCUUUCAGCAGGCAGUGGCAGGUGUCGAAUCUCGAUUGGAUCAUAUUCUGCUGGACGAAGAAGAAAGACAGAAAAACGGGGGUGCGAAUGCCAACGCGAAACCGCAAGAUAAUGAGACCAAAAACACGCCUAUUACGAGGUCUCCAGCUGGCUCCAUCUCCCGUAGUGCCUCAAAUGCGCGAAGAAACGACCGGCUCCAGGAGCGCCUAGCGCGUGCCAUGGUCAAGUCUAAUGCAGGGAAUUCGAUAUCACAAUCUUCACCGAGCCGCUCUUCACCAGCUGCUAGCCCGAGACCAAGCAGCGACAUGCAACAGAGCAUAGACGUUGACUCUAAUCACGCAUCAUCGAUUGCCGAAGACACCAUAACCUCCGAAGUAAAUGCGCCAAGAUACAGCCAUGACUCCGAUAUAUCGAAUCGGAUAUCUACAGAAAUAAACAUUGCGGAAUCACUUCCGCGGGCUUCAAACGACAUGGGUGAACAGCCUACGAGUCUUGAAAACGCGACCGAGGAACCUGAGCAGUCGUCAAAAAUAGAAGAGCCACCAAAUAGCGAGCAAUUGGAAGCCCGUAACUCAAUCGACAGCGCACAUAUCAACGUGAAUAUUUCCGGGGAAAUCGACUCUGAUGUCGACAAAUCCCCCGAGGCUCAGCGACAAGACGAGAUACACGAGUAUAUUGAACGCAUUGAUGCACUUCAGUCUAAGCUGAAGUACCUCGCCAAGGAAGCAGCUGAAUCUGCUAAGAAUGCUGCCGCUAGUGCCUCACCAGGGAGUGCCAACAAACAAUUACUGGAAAAGGACGAAAAGAUUGCUUUGCUUCUUGAGGAAGGACAGAAGUUGUCCAAGUCAGAGAUGGACCACCGCACGGCCAUUAGAAGGCUUCGUCAGCAGCUCGCCGACAACAGUAAAUCCCAGACGGACAUGAAGAAAAAUAACGAGAAGAUGGAACGAGAUUUGGCCAAUUCGGAAGCUCGAGCAAAGCGAGCCGAGGCCGCAGAAAAGAGAGCAAAUGACUCUCUGUCAACGCAGACCAAAACUACUAAAGACUUCGACGCUGUCUCAAACGAACGUAAUGCGCUCAGCCAAACAGUCUCUGAAAUGAAGGCACAAUUAAGUCGAGCUUUAGCCCGAGCAGAAGCUGCUGAGACUAAAGCUCAUUCGGACGCGCUAGAUCAAGAGAAGCGGAAAACAGAUGAGCUUGAAGAGGAGUUGUCGACUUUGAAGAUCGAGCGCGAUAUUAGUGAGGAGAAGGCGAAGAAGGAAAUUGCCGAAUUGAAAGAGAAGGCCAACCAGGAGAGAGAACGUGCUCGUAUGCUUGAGACGGAGUUGAAGGGCGAACAGUCAGUACUGGAAAGCAAAAUGGAAAGCCUUCGAACACGGGCCGAAGAAGCCUCCUCCGGUGCGACUGGAGAGACCCAAGCCAAGCUUCUGCGACAAAUCGAAACCCUGCAGACUCAGUACUCUGUAGCUAGCGAGAACUGGCAUACUUUGGAGGGCUCUUUACUUUCUCGACUGGCGAACGUAGAGAAAGAACGUGAUGAUUUGGGCCGAAAGGAAGCGGAAUUACGGAAGAAGAUUCGCGAGCUGAACCUCAAAACCAAGAAACUAGAAGAAGACGCGGAAACUGCCAGAGAGGGAGAGCUAGAAAUGAAGAAUACACUGGAGGAGCGGACCGGGGAUUUGCAGAAAAUACAAUUGAAAAUUGACAAGGCAGUCGAAGACCAGGCCGCUGCUCAGAAAGAGCACGCGGAGCAGAAGAAGGCGUGGGAUGCGUCGUGGGCGCAAAAGCUCGAGGAAGAGCGGGUUAAAUGGCGGGAACAAGUGAACAGUCUUCAACAACCUCGAGGUGUAUCACCUGUUCAGUCCCUACGACGGUCGAGCAACCUGAAUCUCGAUGCUAUACCAUCUGGUCUUUCAGAUUAUCGUCCUCCCAGCCGCCGGUCUUCCACUAUGCCCUCAGCCUCACCCGAUAUAGGGACACCCCCUCGCCAGAACUCCUAUCCGGCUUCGAUCAACCACGGGACUCUCUCUCCACCUCCAAUCAACACAACCACAAUUAUGGAGACUCCUGCAAUCACAUUCGAGCCCGAUGAGUUCUUCGGGUCUGCCACACCUGCCACACCAUCCAUGUAUGAAGGCACCCAAGCGCCUCCAUCGCGCGGCAUAAACGAUAUCAUUUCCGAAUCGACCGUGGGCGCAGGCCCGUCUGUACAGCUAGUGGAGCGCAUGAGUGCUACGGUUCGCCGUCUUGAAAGCGAACGUGCUGGCUCCAAGGAUGAACUUGUACGUGUCACUGCACAGCGUGAUGAGGCUAGACAACAAGUUGUGGACUUGAUGCGUGAACUCGAGGAAAAGAAAACCUCCGAUUCUCGUCUGCAAGAGCUCAAUGACCAGCUCGCGGAACUAGACCAGCGAUACCAGACUACUCUUGAGAUGCUGGGCGAAAAGAGCGAACAAGUUGAAGAGCUUCAUGCUGAUAUCGCAGACUUGAAAAAGAUAUAUCGGGAAUUAGUGGACAGCACCAUGAAGUGA